ACGGCGCACAGCACAGCAGCGCUAUACAUUUGCCCGAUCAGUCUCUCCAUCGCAGUCGCAGGCCGCCAAGUGCAAGAAAUGGAGAGCGCAAGGGCGCCGGCCGGCGACGUGAACCUGGACUUGCGGCUCGUUCACCCAAUGGCGGCGGCGGCAUGGCGCCCGCACCCGCAGACGCCGGUGGCAGCCGACCGGACCUUCUCGUGCACCUACUGCCGGCGCAAGUUCUACAGCUCGCAGGCGCUGGGCGGCCACCAGAACGCGCACAAGCUCGAGCGCAGCCUCGCCAAGCGCAGCCGCGAGCUCUCCGCCGCCAGCCAGGUCGCGAUCGCCUCCUCCAGCGCCGCGUCUUCCCCGCCGCCCUCCGACUUGAUCAGCUGGUACACGCCGGGAGGCGGAGAUAGUGGCCAAGCUCCAGGGUCGGCCGCCGCAGCCGCGGCCGUCGUCAGCUGGAUCGCCGAUGGCGGCCGCCGCCGGUACGUUCAUCGCGUGCACGCGGCCGGCAACGGGGAAGACGACAUCGAUCUGUCGCUCAAGCUGUAAGACGCACGCACGCACGCCCGCACGCACGCGUAUGGAGUGGACUAGAAUGCAUCUAGUAGCUUGUCCGUCCGUACGCUAUAGUUCUACUUCUACUACGUACGUACGUCAGUUGUUUCUGUGCAUGUAUGGCACGACGUUAUUUGUUGUUUAAAUUCUUUUAUUCAAGUCCAGUUUGUUGGCCGGGUUGAUUAUACAAUAAACCAGUACUCCUACGUACGUACAUAUAGAAUUAGCCAUAAUAUCAUAUAGUAACCAAAUCAGCUAGCUUACGAUGCUUUUACGUCGUUUCCUCGUGGAAGGCAUUGCUCGGAUUUGCUCGGACAUGUUCUUCAAGAUGAAAACCUAGAAUUUAAUCUUUGGUGGUUGGAUCCAAUAACGGAGACGCUUGAGCGCCAUUUUCUUUAUGAAGGCAUUAUUAUUGAAGAACGUCGUUGUCCUUGUGGUGUCAAGAGAUGAUUGGUGCGUAUAUGGUUUAUAUUAGUUUGUCAAUCGAUGUUGAUCGCUUCAAGGUUUUUUUUAUUUAUACUCGCUUGGCAUAGCUUUGGUCUUGUAUGACUUUGCUAUUUGCCGGUGUUUUUAUAUACAUGUGUUGGAAUUGGCUGUGUACAUUCUAGAUGUGCAGAGACCGAGUGUGCGUUUUUUAUGUCUGUAUCAUCUUUAUGCUUCA